UAUAGGUGAUGAUGGCGGAAGGGGAGCAGCGUUGAGUUUCCUCUGAGUUUUUUAUUCUAACUGUAGAACCCUCUACAACUUCGUUUCUCUCCUCCGAAUCAUCUUCCGAGACGAUGGGGAACGAAGGCAGCAUCGAGGGAGAGGGCCAGCCGGGGCAGCCCGGCUCCACUGUUCCUUCCCCGGGGGCUCCGACUUCCAUUUCAGCACCAGCAGGCUCUGGACAGCUCAUCAAGCCCAGCAAUGGUGCGCCAACGGGAGGGACGGGGGCCGGACCCGGCCCGGGGAUUAACAGCAUCUCUGCAAGACCCCCCCAGACAGACCCUGGGUCCGGGCCCAAGGCGGGGGUCCAGACUGGGCCUGGGACGGGGGACCGCCUGGCCUCCCAGAGGGAGCAGCAGGGUCAGAGCCACGUCGCCCGCAAGAACCUCCAGGUGGACGUGGGUAGUAGCAGGACGGGACGGUCCCCAUCGGUGUCCCCCGCAGUCACCCCCACCUCGCCCUACUCCGUGCCCCAGAUCGCCCCCAUGCCCAGCAGCAAGCUGUGCCCCGUCUGUAAGACGGCCGACCUGACGGGCACCACGGAGGACAACCAGCCAAACUGCAGCACCUGCACCCAGUGCCGAUCCACGGUGUGCAACCAGUGUGGCUUCAACCCCAACCCGCACCUCACUGAGGUCCAGGAGUGGCUGUGUCUGAACUGCCAGAUGCAGAGAGCUUUGGGAAUGGACAUGGAGACACCUCGCUCCAAGAGCCAGCAGCAGAUCCACUCGCCGUCUCACCAAGCCAAACCAGAGCCCAUCUCUGAACCUCAAACUCAGCCCCCACCCCAGCCCCAGGUCCAACCUCAGUCCCAGGUCCAACCUCAGUCCCAGGUCCAACCUCAGUCCCAGGUCCAACCUCAGCCUCAGCCCCAAGCCCCACCUAAGGCACAACCUUUAACCCAGCAUCAGGCUCCGACACAGGCCCAGCCCCCACCGGGCCCUAACAGACAGACUGGUCCAGGCCCGGGACAAACCCCUCAGCAACAGAGAAGUCCAGGGGGCCCUGCUCCAGCCCAGGGCCAGGGUCAGGGUGGGGCUCGUCUCCCCCCAGGAGCUGUCCCUCUCCCAGGCAUGGCCAAAGCCCCAUCCCAGCCUGACCUCCGUGGCUCCCCUGCCCACCAGCCCCUGCCCCUCCGCCAGGACCACACCCGCAGUGCAGGGAGCUCCCCGUCCCGCCAGCCCCCGCCCCCGGCCGCCGCCCCCGAGCAGACCUUUGGGAAGCUGUUUGGAGGCUUCGGUGGCUUCGGUGCUUCCCUCCUCAACCAGGCCAGCACCCUCAUAUCAGAUAACCCAGUAGCUGCUCCACCGCAGCCCCAACAGCCUCCCAAACCUGCCCCCAAACCAGCCGGACCCCAGGGACCUGCAGCUGGGGCUGGGAAACCACUAGGAACUCAUCCUGGCCAACAGGGACCCCACGCACCCCAACAGGGACCCCACGCACCCCAACAGGGACCCCACGCACCCCAACAGGGACCCCCCCAGCAGCAGGCCAAAGGUGCCUGCUGUCCCCUGUGUAAGACCAGUCUCAACGUGGGGGUGACGGCCGAGCCGGCCAACUACAACACCUGCACCCAGUGUCACGCCCAGGUCUGCAACCUGUGUGGAUUCAACCCUGCACCCCAUCUGGAGAAUAAAGAAUGGCUCUGCCUGAACUGCCAGACCCAGAGAGCUUUAUCUGGGGCCCUGGGAGACACUCCACUUCCUGCUCCUCAGCCAAUGGGAUCCCCACGGCACCCAGCUCCAGCCAAUCAACCACAGCCUCAGCAGAGAGGGCCCAAUCAGCAGGCAUUUCUACGGCCCACUGGUCCUCAACAACAACAGAAACCACCGGGUGCCCAAGUAAGUGGCCCUCCUUUCUCCCCUGCCAAACAGGCAGGGCCCACCGCCCAAAGCAAGGGGCCUGCUCAACCGUCCCCUGCCAAGGCACAACCCUCCCAUGCUAAAACAGCCCAGCCUUCCCCUGCUAAGGGUGCACCCUCCCCAGCCAAACAGACAGGACCCACCACCCAGAGUAAGGGUCCUGCCCAGCCCUCCCCUGCCAAGGGCGCACCCUCCCCUGCCAAACAGACAGGACCCACCACCCAGAGUAAGGGUCCUGCCCAACCCUCCCCAGCCAAGGGCGCACCCUCCCCUGCCAAACAGACAGGACCCACCACCCAGAGUAAGGGUCCUGCCCAGCCCUCUCCAGCCAAGGGCGUACCCUCUCAUACUAAAGCUGCAUCCACCCCUAGCAAGGGUGCACCCUCUCCUGCUAAGGGUGCACCUACCCAACCUAAACCCAACCAGAGUGUACCCAACAAGCAGUCUGGUAAACAGCAGCAGGGCCAGGAGAAAACUAAAGUCGCCACCAAAACUCAAAAGGAAGCAGAAGUCAAAGCCUCGCCCAAGAAGGGAGCACCUGAGACCAUCACCACAUCAAAAGAUGAAAAGAAAAAACCUGCUGGAGACUCGCAGAAGUCAAAACACCAUGACUAUUCCAACAAGUCCAGCACACAGAGCCUCAGUGACACGGGCUACUCGUCAGAUGGGAUAUCCGGCUCCAUGGGCGAGAUCACAGGCCAGAUCCAGGAGGAUCCGGGGUUGAAGCUGAGUGAACGAGGCCCCUCGAGCCCCUCUGAGAUAACCAAGCUGGAGAGCUCCAUGCGGCCGCUGCUAGAGUCAAAGUCCAAGGCCGCUGCAGACCAGGGCCGGGGGAGGCCUCACUCUCUGUCCAUUGGCCAGGACGAGGAGUACAACUCGGAUGGGGAAGUGUCGGACGAUCUCAGCUCAAAGCUGCGCCACGACUAUGUGGAGGACAGCAGCGAGAGUGGUCUGUCCCCCUUACCGCCCAGGCAGAAGAAGUCCCAUAAAGAAAUGACAGAUGAGGAGUUCAUGAGGAGGCAGAUCAUGGAAAUGAGCGCUGACGAGGAUGAGAUGGAGGAGGAGGAAGGGUACGGCUACCAGAAAACAAAAAACAAAAAGGAUUUGGGGAAGGAGAAACGACGAAGCCUCACCCACCAUUCCAGUAGUUUUGAAGAGGACACCAAGGGCGCUGAUGGUGAAGAAGAUGAAGGUAUGAUGGCUUCCCAAGGAGGCCUGCGGCGGUUUAAGACCAUCGAGCUGAACAACUCAGAGCAUGACCUCAGAGAGCCAGAGCUGGAGAUGGAGAGCCUGACUGGAUCACCAGAGGAGCGGUCGAGGGGGGAGUAUUCAUCCACCCUACCUGCCACUACUCCCAGCUACACCUCCGGCACGUCCCCUACCUCUGUGUCCUCCAUGGAGGAUGACAGUGACAGCAGCCCCAGCCGCAGGCAGAGACUGGAAGAAGCCAAGCAGCAGAGGAAGGCUCGCCACCGCUCCCAUGGCCCACUCCUGCCCACCAUUGAGGACUCAUCUGAGGAAGACGAGCUGAGGGAGGAGGAGGAGCUUUUGAGAGAGCAGGAGAAGAUGAGAGAUCUGGACCUGCAGAGGAUCCGCAGCACAGCCAGGAAAACUAAGAGAGACAAAGAGGAGCUGAGGGCCCAGAGACGUAGAGAGAGAUCCAAGACUCCGCCAAGCAACCUCUCUCCCAUUGAGGAUGCAUCCCCAACAGAGGAGCUGAGACAGGCAGCAGAGAUGGAGGAGCUCCACAGAUCCUCCUGCUCAGAGUACUCCCCUUCCAUGGAUUCAGAGGCAGAGGGCUUUGAAAUGAUGGGCUCCAAGCUCUACAAGUCAGGAAGCCACCACAAUCUACCCACGUUCAUGUCUCUCUACUCCCCCACUGAAAAACCUACUGCCACUUCACCAUCUGACAAGACACUGAAAAGUGCAGAGGAGGUUUAUGAAGAAAUGAUGAGGAAAGCAGAGAUACUGCAGCAGCAGCAGCAGGGACAGCCAGGAAGGCCAGGUCAACAACAAGGAAGUCCACAAAGGCAACCGGCUGGGGCACCUCAGCCUGGCAAUAAACAACAUCUAGACACUGGAGCUUCCCUAACACCUGGCUCCAGCCCCACACAGAUCUCUGCACCUGUUUCCUUCUCCUCAAACGACCCACGUGGGUCUGGAAGAGGGAUCCCCCAAGGAAUCAGUGUGACACAGCAUCUAUCGAAAGAAACCCAAGACAGGAUGAGGACGCAGACUGCCAAAAUAGGGGGUGUAAUCCCCCCGGCAGCUGGAAGACCAGGUACUCAUGGACCAGCACAGGGGGUGCCUCCUCCUGACCCUGGAGGGCCCUCCAUCGCAUCCUCCCUCUUCUCCUAUUUUAAAGGCCCCAGUCCUCCUGUUUCCCCUGCUCCCUCUCCCUCACAGAGCCCCACUCAUUCCCCGUCCCCACGACCCUCAGGGCCUGGGGUGUCCCCUCGACCCACAGGGCCUGGGGUGUCCCCUCGACCCACAGGGCCUGGGGUGACCCCACGACCCACUGGGCCUGGGGGGUCCCCACGACAUUCUCAGCCUGGCGCUGGCGGCCCAACCUCCCCAAUACCGCCACAACAACAUGGAGCCCAGACGCCACAAAGAUCAGCGUCGCCACGCCUUGCAAGACAACAGUCCUCCUCCGACUCACCAGUAAUGGUGAUAACUCUGGGCUCUGAGACCACCACCAGUUCUGCCAAGCCUUUAACUGUAAACUCUUCCACUUCGCCCCUGUCCUCGCCAACACAGGGUAUACGUCAGCCCAUGUAUCAGCAACAUAUUCCUUCAACAAGCUCCCCAACAUCCCCACAAAUGCACCCACUGCACCAAACCCCUCAACCCGGUGUACAGAGGCCCCAAACUGCAGAGAGGGUUAAUAUUAGUAUGAGCAUGACAAUGACAACCACAGCUACCACAUACAGUCGUGGGUCAAUGUCAAUGGAAAAUAUCUCCUUAUGCAGAAUCUCCAACGUUCCAGGUACCUCUAGGGUCGUGGAGCAGGGCCAAAUUCAAAUGCAUCCGAGUGGACCUGCAUCUGUGGUGGACCUGAGAGCACCAAUGAAGCCCGCCCCAAUCAUCAUGACUGACCAGGGCAUGGAUCUAACGUCUCUGGCAACUGAUACAAGGAGGUAUUCUCUCGAUGCUGAACAACCACCCAGCCGUCACACAGCGGUGCAGGACCUGAAUGCAGCCAUGAACCUGAAUGCACAAGAGCAGCCGCAUGUGUCUGCGUCCACUCCAACAACAGUCACCGUGGCAGCCUCCAUGUUUAUAUCUCAGCCGAAGGGGCAUCCAGUGGUUUACGGAGAUCCCCUGCAGAACCGUAUGGAUCUGGGGCAAGGCGUUGGAUCAGCAAUGUGUCUUACACAAACUAAGACACCCAUCACUGACCCGUCCAUUCCUAAGAUUGACGCAUGUCUGGAGGAUCUGGGCAUCCAGCAGCAGCAGCUCCAGAUGCAGCAGCAGAAGCUCCUACAGCAACAGCAGCUCCUCGAGCAGCAGCUCCAGCAGCACCAGCAGUCCUCUUUCGCUCGCUAUAACCUAGCGAACCAGGUCCAGCCACUGUUGCGGAAGAAAGACCUGGUGGUGAGCCAGACAAGCGUUGGCAUUGCUCAGCCUGUGGUCAGUGUCAGUGCAAUUCCUAGAGUAUCUCCCUUACCUCCUCAGCCAGUGUCUGUGUCUCCACCUUCCUCUAACACUCAGCACGACUAUUGUCAGGGUGGGCUUGCUUUGGAGUUGAAGAACAAGCCCACGGUCAUGAACCUGUCCACGGGAAAGCCCCAUGUCAUGAUGGUCCAACUGGAAGACCGCAGUACAUCUCAGGUGGCCACAGUGACUCAGCUGGUCAAAGAGCCUCCUCCUCCUCCUCCUCCCCAGGUCCUGGAUCUCACUGGUGGACAGAUGCAGAAACCAGAGAACCAAGUGGCUUGUUGUGACGUCGUUUACAAGUUACCCUUCGCUGGUAGUUGUGCAGGGAACUUAACUCAGAAAAAUCUUACCACUGAACCUUCCCAAGUCACCCUUCCACCCCCUGCCCCACAUUACAGUGUAAACCAGCAACAACAACAACAGCAGCAGCAGAAAGAACAACAACAACAACAACAACAACAACAACAACAACGUCAUCAACAACAACAGCAACAUCAUCAUCAACAACAACAGCAACAUCAUCAACAACAACAACAACAACCUGGAAAUAAUGGCUACCAGACAUCAAGCAUGCAAGGAGCACCAGAGGAGCUUAAACCAAUGCAGGGAGUCCCUCCAUACCCUAUACCCCCUGGAGGGAGGCUUCAACCUUCCAUGUCUGACACCAACCUGUCUAAUGCAGGACUUCAGUACUAUCAGAGGACUGACCCUGGGGACCUGGCCGUGGAUCUGAGCACCAUGAAUCAAACCUACGAAGGAGGAUAUCUUGGCAUGGGUGCGCAGUAUGGAUCCUACACAGACUUACGUCAUGAAGGAGAUGUUACAGGUCCUCCCUUACCCCUGCGAAGAUACGGCUCCAUGUCCAACAUCAACCAAGACUACGGCUAUGGACAGGCAGGUUUACCGGACGCCAACCUGGCACAGUAUAGUGCCACCACUGCCAGGGAGAUCAGCCGAAUGUGUGCAGCUCUGAACUCUAUGGACCAGUUCGGUCAACGGUACAGCAACCCUGACAUGAUGCAGUAUGGUGCUGGAAGAGGAGCAGGCCCUGCAGCCAGGCUCAACCUACAGCAAAGUUUAGCAUCAAUCCGAGCCAACCUACUCUAUGGCCCUGACGGUAGGCCCACUGCACACGGCCAAGCCAUAACCAAUCUGAUCAAUGCCAGACAAGCAAGCAUACGGGCCUUAUAUCCAUCUGCAAUGAGAGGAGCUGAUGGCAUGACAUACUCCACCAUCAACAGCCCAAUAGCCUCUACCUUGCCAAUAACUACCCAGCCUUCCUCUGUUCUGCGACCCAUGCCACGGGGAAUAUACCGACCUUACCCUGCAGGCGUGACCGCUGUACCACUGGCUAGCCUCACCAGGUUGCCUCAUGUGACCCCAAGGAUGCCUCUGUCUACACAGGGACCUUAUGGUUACGCUUCUCCCAACCAGUUUCCUACAACAGCUGGCGUUCCUGGAAAUGUACCUGACACAAGCACCUCCACCCAGGAAGCUCCUGUCUACCUUGGGAAGCCUUUGGCAACCGUCGCUGUGCACACAGCUGCAACUUUACCACCGGCCCAAACGGUUUCUCAUAUGGGUGGACAGAGUGUACAAACUACUGCAAUGCCAAUUCAGUCUGCAAACCAACAGACCCCCCAAACUCAUAUCCAAGCGCAGAAAGUUACGACACACCCCCAUACACAAACUCAAAUGCAAGUCCAAAUCCAUCAACAAAUGCAGUCCCAAAUACAGCAACAAAUGCAAACUCAAAUGCAACAACAAAUACCAACUCAAACUCAAGCUUUAUCCCUGACUCAAACCCAGUCCCAGCUAAUAACUCAGCCUCAGCCCCAGGCUCUAGUGCAGCACCAGACUCAGCUGCAGCCCCAGACCACACCCCAGGCUGCAGCAGCCAGCACCACCAUUGCUACUUCUGUAGACCCAGAGCUAGAAAAGGUAGAAGAGCGUUUGAGACAGCAGCAAGAGCAGAUGCUGCAGAUGGAGCGAGAGCGUGUGGAGCUGGAGAAACUUCGACAAAUGCGGCUGCAUGAGGAACUGGAGAGAGACCGCAUGGAGCUCCAGAGGCACAGGGAGAAAGAACAGAUGCUGGUGCAGCGCGAGAUUCAGGAGCUGCAGACCAUCAAACAGCAAGUCCUGCAUCAACAGCAAUCGGAAAGGGAGACCCAGCUGGUCAUGCAGAGGGAACAGCUAGCCCAGCAGAGGAUGCAACUGGACCAGAUCCAGUCGCUGCAGCAGCAGCUCCAGCAGCAGUUGGAGGAGCAGAAGAGGCAGAAGACUGCAGUGGUGGAGGCAGCAGCUGCAGCCGCAGCAGCCGAGGCAGCUGCUGCAUCGGCAGCAGCAGCUGCUACAGCCACUACUGCUCAAGGGGUAGUAGUUGGAGGAGGAACCCCUCAAGGUUUCAUCAUCUGUGACCAGAGUGGUAGGGUGAUUCAACAGGAGGGCCAAAGUGUGCAGUUCUGGCAACCCCACAUGGAAGGGCAGGUGGUCCAAACAGUGGUGACCCCAAGGCCUAUAUCUAGCUCUGCCUCUGAGAUGUCCUUCAGAAAUAGUGAGGAUCAGGCGGAGUCCAGAGUCAUGAAGAAGCGGAACUCUAUGCCUCGUCUUAGGGACGAAGCAGAGGAGGAGCCGGUGAGGAGGAUUGCAGAUAGCUGCGUGCAGACGGAUGAUGAAGAUGGUGAGGACAGGUAUAUGAACCGUAGGGGCAGGAGAACCAGGCGCAUCGCCGACUGCAGCGUCCAGACAGACGACGAGGAUCAAGCAGAGUGGGAACAACCGGUUAGGCGCAGGAGAUCACGCUUCUCCAAGCACUCAGACUCUAGCGCGGAGGUCAAAUCCGACGGAACCUCCAAAGUGUCCUCCUCUAGUAUAGCCAUUCAGACCACCAACGACUCCUCAUGCCAGACUGAGACAGACCAGUUGGGCAGGGUCUCACCUGCAAUCCACAUCACUGCGGCUGAGACAAACAAGGUGGAGCUACUACACUACAUCUCUGCUCCAGAGAGGACCCAUAAGGGUGAGAGCUUGGCCUGUCAGACCGAACCAGAGGUCCAGUCUCAGGGGGUGGUGGCCCCUCAGCUCAGCGUCCCCACCACCAUCAGCCCAUACUCCACCACCAUGCAGAUGGUAGGCUCCACCCCAUCUCCUCCCCAAGGGGUGGCCAAGUUUGAAAGGAGGAAACCCGAUCCUCUGGAUAUCGGCUACCAAGGCCAGCAGCAGAACGAGUCCCCAUCUCGUCAGCCUCCCAAGUCUCCUCAGGUGCUGUACUCCCCCGUGUCCCCUCUGUCACCCCAUCGGAUGCUGGAGACCACCUUCACCUCCCAGGAGAAACUCAACAAGGCGCACGUCACACCCCAGCAGAAAGCCUUCACUGCCGAGUCCCCUCAGCGUCAUCAGAGCCUCCCCAGGCCCAUCAAGAGUGUGCAGCGCUCCAUGUCAGACCCCAAACCCCUCAGCCCCACCUCAGAAGACCCUGCCAAGAACAGGUUCUCACCUUAUCAUCAGCAGGCCCUCUCCAACAGUCAGCUCCAGAUGGCCACCCUGCAGCAACAGCAGAACUCUCUGAUGAGAAAGGUGAAGAGGACCCUGCCUAGCCCUCCUCCAGAAGAAAGCCCUCUCCCCAUCGUCACCCCAGCCAUGUCCCACAUGUACAGCAGCCCCCCGGGGAUGCAGCCCCAGAGGGUGCUGCCAAGGCCCGCCCAGGGGGUCACUAAGGCUGGCCUGCUGAGCGAGCUGAAGGCCGUGGAGCAGGAGUCUACCAAGCUCCGCAAGCAGCAGCAGGAGUUGGAGGAGGAGGAGAAGGAGAUUGACGCCAAGCUGCGGUACCUGGAACUGGGCAUCCAUCAGCGCAAGGAGACCCUGGUGAAGGAGAGGGAGAGGAGGGAGCUGGCCUACAUGCGCUGCAUGGGCGACGCCCGUGACUACAUGUCGGACACCGAGCUUAACAACCUGAGGAUGGUUGCAGCCACGGGGACGUUCGAUGGUAACGGUCUGCUGACGAGGCCCAGCACGGCGCCGAUGAGCCAGUUCACCAACGACCUCGGCCCGGCCUCCCAGUACCCGCCCACCUCCUCCUACAUGGCCUAUCAGUACCCACAGAGCCAGCCCACACCCACACAGCAGCCAACCGCUGCUUACCAACAGAUCGGUUUCCAGCCCCCUCAGUACCCAACAGCUGGCCAGCCCCAGCCAGGCACCUUCCAGCCACACCCACCCCAAGGCCCAGGUUACCAGACCCAGCCAGGCUACCCAGCCCAUGGGGGCUAUGGCCAGCCUUCCUACCAUACAGACCUGGGCAUGCAGCAGCAUAGCCACCAGGGUUUCCAGCCUCCCAACCCCUCUAUCCCAGGCCAACACCUCCCCUACCCAGGCCAGAGCCCCUACCCCGGCCAGGGGAUGUCCUAUCAGCCCCAGGCAGAGAUCCUUACUGUCCACCAGAGGCCUCGUCAGACCUCCCUGGCCGACCUGGAACAGAAGCUGCCCACCAACUACGAGGUGAUCAGUAACCCUGCCGUCUCGGUGGCCACAUCAGCUCCAGACACCUGCUUUGGCUCAGUCUAUGCCUCUAACACCAUGCCCAACGCCUACGUGCAGUACCGCCCCCCGGAACCUGUGCUGACCCACGGAGUGGACAGCCCCACAUCAGCCUAUGCUGCAGAUGGCCUCUACACCUCCAACCUGGAGCAGAAUAUCCCCAGGAACUACGUCAUGAUUGACGACAUCAGCGAGCUGACCAAAGAGAACACAGGCCCUGCUGUUGAUGCUCUUGGCCAUCCAAUAGGAGGACGCUACGGUGAGAACGGCCCCGUGCGCCAGACUGGCUACGGCAAUGAGCCUGUGGACCCGUACAUGCCUGCAGGCACCACGGGCUACCACCAGCAGGGUGCUGUGGACCCCCGGACCACCACUACUGGGGGAUCUUCUUAUUACUAUGACGACUAUAAUAAACACCCCAGCACAACACGUCCAGGGGGCCCAGGGCCCCAGAAACACCCAUCCAAGAACCUGGCCCCUGCCGUGGUCUCCUCCGGUAAGCGCAGCAAGCACAGGAAGCAAGGAAUGGAGCAGAAGAUCUCAAAGUUCUCCCCCAUCGAGGAGGCGCGGGACGUUGAGUCUGACCUGGCCUCUUACACCAUGACCACCUCUACCGGCGGCAGCUGCACCGUGGUGUCCCGGUCCGGGGUGAAGAAGAGCGGCUACGACCAGCAGAAGUACUAUGGCGGCCAGCCGGGAAGCCGGGAAGCCCUGGAAGAGGAGGACCGGAUGUACGGCUCGGGGAGAUCCCGGUCUACAGGCUACGGCAUGGACAAGAUCUCCUCCAGGGACUCCUCAGGCUACAGGAGCAAGUCCUACGAGAGGGACGCCUUGGAGCGGUCUCAGAGAGGCAACCGCGGUGGACGGAACUCAGAGGAGGAGAGCCCCCUCAGUCCCAUGGGGAAGCCUGUGGGGAUCGGACGAGGCGGCACCGGGGUACCAGGGGAUCCCCAUGACGUGAGGAACCAGUACGGCUCCAGCCACUCCCUGCCGGACGUCCAGGAUCACCACAUGAAGGACCUGCCCAGGAGCCACGUGUACAAACCAGAUGACCCAUACCUUGUAGACGACAUGCACGCAGCUGUGUCGGACAGCGAAGCCUAUCAUCUGGGUCAGGAGGAGACGGACUGGUUUGAGAAGCCGAGGGAGGCUCGCGCCAACCGCUCCAGACACCACGGGAGCGCAGGCCACAUCUCCACAGGUAGACAACAGACCAGCGCCAACGUGAAGCACACUUACCACGACUACGACGAGCCCCCCGAGGAGCAGGACCUGUGGCCUCAGGAUGAGUACAACAACCAACCUCGCCACCCCUCGUCCACCUCAUCAUCCCGUGACCACCGUGGUUACCAUGGCAGUAGCGGCGGCAGUUCGGGGAGGCACUCAUCUUCCCGCCACUCUGGCGAGGAGCCCCGGUCAUCCAGCCGCUCCUCCAGAACACACCCCAAAGACCCAUCCACCCGCUCUGAGGGCCGUGGAUCCUCCUCCACCCAGAAGAGGGGAGGCUCGGAACCCCGUUCCUCCCGGGAGGGCUACCGGGAUCGGGACUCUGGGGACUACUCCUCCCGUGAUCCGGCCUCUGGACACCACCGCGAGGGCACUGGGGGCAGGGGUCAGAGGCCGCCGGGCUCAUCUUCCAGGAGACAGGAGGGGGUGCCUUCUGCAGGGGCCAAGCAGGGCCAAGGGCAGCAACCCCAGGCUGGUCCAGGGGGGCCCCAGCAGCAGGGGCAGCGUUCCAGUGGGCAGUCCCAGUCAGGCAGGCAGCCUGGGUCCCAGGGGCCAGACGGGGGACAGCCAGCCCAGCAUCCUGUCCAGCAGCAACAACGCACCCAGCAGCAGCAGCAGCAGCAGCAGCAGCAGCCCCUGCAGCAGAGCCAGCUUCCUCAGACCACUGCUGGGGGGCCUCAGGCCAAUCCAGGGACCGCAGGGCCAGGUCCCAUGGCAGGACCAGGGACAGGACCAGGGACAGGACCAGGUACAGGACCAGGGGCAGGACCAGGAGCGGCACAGCACCAGGAUAAACCUGGCCAGACUCCGGCACAAGGCCGGCAGCCAGCUGGACCCACCGCAGGCCAGUCACCAACCACAGCCGCGACCCCUGCUACACCUGCAGCAGCCAUUGGGGGGGCGAAACCUGCAGCAGCGAUUGGGGGGGCAGCAGCAGCACAGCCUCCCAAGACAGUUACACCCCCCCUCACAGGCAUUGGCUCUAAAGCAGCCCCUCCUGGAGGGAUAGGUAGCAGGCCUGGUGGGAUCGGCAGUGCAGCGGCAGGCCAGCCCCCAGCGGACGGGGGAAACGUUCUCACUAAUAUCCUGGGAGGGGCGGGAGGGGCUGCCGAGCAGGCAGGGAAACUGGGUGAUGCUAUUUCUGGCCUCGGCAAGAAGUUCACUUCGUUUUGGUGAACGGAAGAGAGGAGGGGUAUGAGGAGUUGAGAUGGAGAGGGAUUGGAGGCUUGGUACUGGAAAAACCUAUGAAACUGUUUACGGCAUUUUAUACAUUUCACUAUCACAAGGAAACGGAGGAGGAGGGAGGCGGAGGGUACCUGAGCGCAUCAGGCUGGAAUCAAAGGAUGCCUGGUCAGCACUGAACUCCCCAGACAUGAGCACACAACAUGAUCAGAAUUAGAAUGGGUGGAUGCUUUGUCAGCACAGGCUGGGAUCUCCAGACAUGAGCAGAGGAUUGAGGAGAGGACGAAGUGGAUGGAUAUCAAGUCAGAGCGGGGGUCCCAAGCAUGAGCAAACUAUUCAAGAGAGACUUCUGCUUCUGCCUCUGCUGGCUAUACACCAACAGAAUGCCAGGGAGAGCCUGCCUCACAGCUCCUAGUAAGAGAGUGAAUAAGACAGAUAGAAUCCUCACCUUCCUGUCGGUUGUCUGCUUACUGAGAGAUAUAACUCCUGAUCCAGCUACAGGACAGGGAGCUGUCACACACCUUAGGCUUGGCUUCAGCAUCUCUCAGCUCAGGGGGAUAGCAACGGAGGAUGCUGUUUUUUCAUCUGAAUGUCUUGUAUCACUCGCCGAGGUUCUCCUGUUGGAAAACCAGGCCAGAUGGGAGCGAUUGUAGUUGAAGGAAGCUUCAUAGUGCCCUCUACAGGGCAUUGAGGGGAAGUCACUCUUCCUUGUCUGAGGAAUCCACAUCUGACCACAAUCUACUCGGUCCAGGUCCCAAAUGACACCCUAUUCCCUAUUUAGUGCACUACUUUCGACCAGGGUCCAUUGGGCUCUGGUCAAAAGUAGUGUAUUAUAUAGGAAAUAUAUAGGAAAUAGGGGACCAUUUGGGAUGCAGAGUCUGUCUGAGGAGUCCACGUCUGACCAGAAUCCUUCAUGACUCCAUGCUUUUGUGCUCAAAGGGCCUUUUUACAGCAUCACCAUUAUAACGCAAUGGAGGAGGUAGAUAGAGGUACACAGCUCAUAGGUUUUACUAGUACCAAAGAGACUUCUUCGCUAACUAUGACACUCUAACUACUACACCGGAGGAGGCAAGACGUUACUACGGCGACAGACAAAAAACAAACAAACAAUGCCCCUGUUAUUAAACCCUUGAAUGCUUGGUUUCUAUGAUCUCUACAUUCCAGUAUAGGGAACGAUGACCCUUUCUUUGAAUGUGUUUUUAUUUCUCGUCCACCUGUUGUGAUGAUAUGAUGUCUACAGAAUGCAACAUGUACAUGUGGACAUGGGAAUGCACGCACAAUAAUAAUAAUCGAAAAGAAACCCAUAUCUUCUCAAUACUUUCUCCACCACCAUGUCCAGAAGAGGGGCCACUAGACAUUACUAGACGAGUAGGAUCAUGAGGAGGAGGAGGAGCUACCAGUGUGCCCCACCAAUGAGAGUGUGAGAUCUACACAGAAGAGAGAACCAAACGGAGCGCAAGUAAGCGUGGCCACGGCUGUUUUGUUUUUUUUAGCCAUCGCAAAGCCAUCAGUUGUCAAUCCCAGAGCACUUUGGGACUUUGUUGUUGUUUCGUUUCUUUUUAUGAUCUAUUUGUUGAUUUAUUUUCAUCUUGUUUAGUUUCUUAUCAUUUUUGCCUGGUAUUUUUGGGAAAAGAAGAGCCUUAUUCGGGUACAUGUUUUUUACUUGUAUACCUCAUAUGUUUUGAAACGUCCAUAUCAUACCUUUCUUAAUUUAUUUUUUGCACAAAUGUAUACUACAGUAUGUAUAUACAUCUAGCUAGAACACAUAAUGUAAAUGAUUAAUUUGUGUAUUUAUAUUUAUGUGACUUCUGUUUUUGUUUUUUUCAUGUUUUUCUUUGGUAAAUCUAUUUAUAUUUGAAUGGUCUAUGGUUUUCUUAUUUAUUAUCUUGUGUUUGAAUAAUUUGCUGGUUGAUUUUUAAAAGCAAUAGCAUGCAGAAAACGUUAUACAGCACAAUGGUGUUAAUGUUGUUUAAAGUCGUGCUUGGGAAUAUCUGAAACAUGUUGAUAAACAUCAGUAAAUGUGUCAGAGAGUUGCAUAACCACACAUACACACCUAAAUCUCGACAUUUACGCUAACACACACACACACACACACACACACACAGGAUUGGUUGGAAGCAAUCAUAAUUUCAAAUGUUCUAUGCAAUGAUUCAUUUUGAAACUGGAAAAGACUCCAAAAAAGUUGAAUAUCAUGAUGACCAAUGUUACUCAUACGACUCCCAACAUCAUUGUGAACUGAAAAACGUCAGAAAACGGUUAUGAACAUGUUUGUACUUGUAUGUAUGGGUCUUAAUAUUGAACUAUUGAAUCUAGACUUGUUUUUAUUUUUGUGGCAUGUUUAAUAGUACCCCAUCACUCCCCAUACGGGGGACUUGUUGCCAAAGGGUUAACUGUAUAGACUAUCAGUCAUGAAUGUCCAACAUCUUGUUGCUAGAAGCAUGGGUUUGCUUGGCUUCGUCCGGCUGUUUGUAUGACCUCAUUAAGUCUUAGUGUGUGUGGCUUGACCAGGUUUCCACUGUGCCGUGGCGUGUUCGGCUUACAGUGACUGUCCAAUCCGUGCUGCUAUUCAAACCUGUGAUGCGGUUGGUCAAGAAAUUCUCCAUGUAAAAUGUAAUUGUGCGUAUUACGGUCGGUGUAUAAUCUGAAGGGUGGGUGGGUGGGUGGGGGUUCGUUUCUGGUGUCUGAUUGGUUGAUCAGACCCUCCAACAAAUAGAACUGUUUCGUAUGCCUAACUGCAUAUCGGGAUGGCUUCAUGUGGCAAUAUAUGAUGUGGGAAACAACAUUAAAGUGCUUUGAAGCCACUAAAAGGUACAUUUAAAGAACAACAAAUCAAGGUAUUAUUAGUAGUGGGAGGAACAAUGGGGGAAAAUCCUAACCUCCAGUUAGUCGUGCAUUCAUUUCACUGGGAGACUAAGUGAAAAUGUGACUUAAAUUGAAGUUAAGAUACGCCAUUAAAUGAACAGAAGCACGUCUAGAACUCAAUCAGUGAACCGCUGAACCUUCCAUAUCCAAGGCCAACCUAGAGGGAACCUCCAGGGAACCUACAGUACUGUCAGUCAAGUCCGAGAGACUCGACAUGCUGCUGACCCCAAGCCAGUCAUUUCCCAAAUCAGGGCACGUUAUAAUGAAAGCACAAGCCUGACUGGUAACAGUUUGUCGCUAUACUGUCUGUAAAGACACAGAAAUAUGACACACCAAUAGGAAAUGUGUUGACAAUUUCAAGGCGAGGUAAAAACAAAUCUCUCAUAUGAAUGAGUGUGGGUAGAAUUAAUCACAGAGGGUCCUUAGUGGUGGUUAGGUAUAGAUAGCUGCAUGCUCACCAUCUUCAUAGAGACAUUGUGGUCGAUAAGAGAAGAGGUGCAUGUGACAGAACAGCCAUCACUGACUGUAGCCGUCCAGCGAGACACAAGGACAGACAGACAUUGUCACUGUAAAUACAGAUGGAAUCUUCUGUACAGCGUUUGAGUUCAUAGUAAGGCCGUCUUGUGCAUCCCCACGCUGUACUUGCUGCCAAAUUUUGUGCUUUUGUGUAUAAUAUAAUAUUUAUUAUGAUUAAAUAUUAUGAUUAUAAUGAUGAAAUGAGCAGUGUAUGUGACUGUUGGCAAAAGUGGAACAACUUGUAUUCAGAAAACAUAUCUGUUCUCUGUGGAGUUUCUAUACAUAUUGUGUUUGUAAAACAAGGAGAAAUAACUCCAUGGCAGAAGUUUAUCCAGGCGUUCUAUUGUCAUUCUAAAUCGGGAGGUUUCAAAGGUGAUGGGACAUGAUCCGUUAAUAAAAAAAAAUUUAAAAAGAGAUUGAAAUAAGAGGAAAAAGCAACAAAAAAUCCAGAAAAAGUCUUAACUCAAGUCAUUCACUGUUGUAAGUGCAAUGGGCGAAACAUCAGUCGUGUAUCCAUUGUGAAAUCUUGUGUUCUAUUCAGUGUAUUCCUGUAAACAGAUAGAGUAACAUUUUGGUGCAUCAUGUCAUGUAAUGUGAUUAAUGAAAAUAAUGACCCUGCAAUUUGUUUCCAAUCAGGAAAAAGAAUAAAGAGAAAAUGAAAAAUC